AAGGCUAUAUUGGUAUAUAGGGUUUGGAUAUGUGUAAAUAGACGAGCUCUACGGCUAUAGUUGAAGCUACGGAGUGGCCCCGCCAUAAUCAGCUGUCGCCACUUCUGCCUACGCCUUACGUACACUCCCGAGACAACCCUGGGAGCUUUGCCGGAUUCCGAUUCUAAGUAGACUGUGACCUCCUCUAUGUAUCUGACCCAGAGCGAAGCCCUCAGGUACUCGACCGACAGAGGCAUUCCUUCUGCCGCUGCCGCUACAGCUUCGCAUUUGGCCUCUUGGACCCCACCACCAGGUGUCGAUGUUCCUGCCGCCGUUGAACCUCUCCUCGCCGGCAUCAAACGCUCUUCUGAAGUGCUCUAUCAUCCGACUAUUAUGGGUGCCCAUAACAUUAUUGGGCAAAGUGAAGCUUGGUAUUCUACCAGCUCCCUAGCCAAGCGUUAUAGAUUCGAGAGUGCAAGCAAUUUGCCUAUAUAUCCACAGAGGCCAGGAGAGAAGGAUUGCGCCCACUAUAUGCUCACACGAACCUGUAAAUUUGGAGAUAGCUGCAAGUUUGACCAUCCUGUUUGGGUUCCUGAGGGUGGAAUCCCAAAUUGGAAAGAG